AUGUCUUUGCUCAAGCUGAAUAACGAGCUUAUACUAAGCGCCAUCAACUUGAUGUCUGCGACGUUAGCCACUGAGCUUAAGAUACAGUUGUGGAAAUGUUGUGAGGUAGAGGCAGAGGUAGAGUUAGAGGCAGAGGUAGAGGUAGAGGUAGAAGCAGAGGUAGAGGCAGAGGUAGAGUUAGAGGCAGAGGUAGAGGUAGAGUUAGAGGCAGAGGUAGAGGUAGAGGUAGAAGCAGAGGUAGAGGUAGAGAUAGAAGCAGAGGUAGAGGCAGAGGUAGAGGCAGAGGUAGAGGCAGAGGUAGAGGUAGAGGCAGAGGUAGAGGCAGAGGUAGAGGUAGAGGUAGAAGCAGAGGUAGAGGCAGAGGUAGAGUUAGAGGCAGAGGUAGAGGUAGAGGUAGAAGCAGAGGUAGAGGCAGAGGUAGAGGUAGAGGCAGAAGUAGAGGUAGAGGUAGAGGUAGAGGCAGAGGCAGAGGUAGAGGCAGAGGCAGAGGUAGAGGUAGAGGCAGAGGCAGAGGUAGAGGUAGAAGCAGAGGUAGAGGCAGAGGUAGAGUUAGAGGCAGAGGUAGAGGUAGAGGUAGAAGCAGAGGUAGAGGCAGAGGCAGAGGUAGAGGUAGAGGUAGAGGUAGAGGCAGAGGCAGAGGAAGAGGCAGAGGCAGAGGCAGAGGUACAGUAG